CCUCCCCCUCCUUCUCAACAAAAAAUCAUGGCAUUUCGCAGCACAGCAGAUGAUUUGAAUCUGCAAUUAUCUGACGACAAAUCUGAUGAUCUCUGGAGCUCGCCUUCCAAGCGUGGAAACAAUCGGCAUGCCUCCAAAGUGGUCAAGGAGGAGAGCUUGUCACCCGAACCAACAAAAAUUCCUCCCCAUGAUGAUGGAGAGACAAUGUUUGACCGCCAAGAGGCGCGCGAAGCCGCUUUGCGCAGUGAGCUAGAGAGCGUUCGUAAGAUCAAUCAAGUCAUUGAGGGUCUCCUCGGGAGCCUUGACCGUGCCAAAGGGAACAUGGAUACUGUUUCACGAACGCUCGAUUCCGCUUCUACCCUCCUGAAUACCUGGACUCGGAUUCUCUCCCAAACCGAGCACAAUCAGCGUUUGAUUCUCAACCCGAACUGGCAAGGCGCAGUUCAAGAUGUGGCCGACUCGGAACACGAGGAACUUCUCCGACAGCAGGCUGCCGAGAGACGCGAACGAGAGCUUCAACAACAGCGAGAAGCUGCUGCCCGCAAGGCUGCGGAAGACGAGAGAAAGAGAGCCGCCGCUGCCAGCGCCAGAGGCACCCGCGGGUCGAGUUAUGGAAGAGUGCGCGGUGGCUUGGGAAGAACUCCUGGCAUCUCAUACUCGGGCACACGACCUGGUGCCACACGGACCACGGCGUCUUCAAUCACAACGGGGAGACCGCCUACGACCAGUACGACACGUAGACCGGCCAGUGGGAUUGCGAGGGGCUCGGGGAUUGCGCGUGGUCGCGGCCGGGCCUAAAAAUGGUAAAUAUGGCAUGACGAUUGCGGAUGAGACAUGUAUAGUAUGAGACCAAUGUAGGAGGCACUAAGAUACUGUGAUUAUG